AUGAGCUCAAGCCAAGCCUCCAGCGACGAUUUUCCCAGACUCGUCGGAGCCGACAACGUCUGGAAGGCUCGCGUGUGCGCAGCCCUCGACGGAAAGCAUCUACUUGGAUUCGUGACGAAGCCCGACGACGAUGGUGUCUCCGAGGACGACAGCGAGGACAGCGGGAGCGACAUGUCCGACGCCGACGACCCGCCGAAGACCAAGCCGGCAAAGACGGCUGAGAUCGACUCCGACGAGAGUGACUACGAUGUCAAGCCCCAAUCAGGCUCUGACGAAGACUCAAGUGGUGACUCGGACUCUGUGAUCAAGCGCAAGGACCUGCCCGUUAUCCGGCCGUUUAACCGCCAUGAUGCACGACAAGCGCGCAAGCCGUUGAAGAAGCCGAAGACCAAGCGUGAGCGCCGUCGCCAGGAAGCCAAGACCAAGGCAUUUCUGAUGAAGACGAUGGACAACACGCACGUUCGGCUGGUCAAAAAUCUCGUCACG